AAACGAAGUGCUGUAAGAUUUUGCGGGAAAACAAAACUGCCCUGACUUUAGACUUGAUAAAAAUAAAAACCAGCAGAUGACAUGUCUGUCUAUUAAAUCAUCACUGAUUGGUGGAAACUUCACACUAGACCUCGAGCAGUUUGGACUGGGUGUGUCUCCACUCUUCCUCCAGAAUUCUCUUCUGCCUUGAUUUACUUUAAAUGAAAUGUAAAAUUUACUGAUGAUCAGUGAUGGUUUGGAGAGACAUGUCAUCUGCUGGUGUUGAUCCACUGUGUUCUAUCUAGUAAAUAAAGUCAGUGUAGUGUUUUCCCGGAAAAAAAAAACUCUUACAGCACUUAAUACUAUUUCAUUUUCUAGCAGGACUUGGCACACUGCCCACAAAAGUACCAAUUGUUCUUAUAUAUAAAGCUUAAAAUAGAUCACUCUGUGGGUAAUACAGCUAUAUAAUGUAAUCUGUGUAUUACAUGUGCACAGCAGCCUGUCUCGCUUCAGACUUGGCUACAGGUACGCUCAGUGUCACGUUCAGUAAGGCUCAUUAAAAAUGAACAAGGAAACCGUGCCCUCAACUAGUGUGGAUUCUGUUUUUGGAGUUACCUGGCAACCUCAGUCAGCUAGACCGUGGGAUCAUACAUUACUCUAGAGAUCCAUAUGAAACACAAUGCAUUCUUUCAGGAGGGUUAUAGCGAGGGGUCGUCGGUGGAUAGGGGGACAAGCUGGACGAGUAUUGGUUUCUUUCACAGAUACAGGUGGUUUACAGUACAUCGGCAACGUCCUGAACGCUGGAGACACAUUGAAGUUGAAAGCAUCAUCUUUAGCUUACUGAGCAUCAUCUGCUGAACAUCAUCUGCAGGACCAGGAGAUCUUCAGACGUGCUAGGACCUACAGGCAGUGAGUGACCUUCUCAAAGCACCUAUGACUCCUGUUUAUACCACUGGCUUACCUUCUGACAGUGUCUACCCACCACCCGUAUAUGGACAGCAAUAUGGACUACCACCAGGUUACGUGACCACGCAGGUACCUGCAGCGAUGCCACCUCCUCCUCCAGGCUACGUGCCACCUCAGGCACCUGUAAUGAUGCCUGCCCCCCAGUGCCCACCCGGCUGCCCCCCAGGACUCGAGUACUUGACCCAGAUCGACCAAAUCCUUAUCCAUCAGAAGGUGGAACUAAUGGAAGCUAUGUUGGGUUGGGAGACCAACAACCAGUAUGUAGUUAAAAACAGUCUAGGGCAGCAGGUGUUCCUCGCAGCUGAGGAGAACGACUUUUGUACGAGAACGAUGUGCGGACCCAUGCGCUCUUUCGUUCUUCACCUCCAGGACAACACAGGACGGGAAGUGCUCACUCUCACUCGCCCACUAAACUGCAGCAGCUGCUGCUUUCCAUGCUGUCUGCAAGAGCUUGAGGUCCAGUCCCCUCCAGGACAACCUAUUGGAUAUGUAAUCCAGAAAUGGCACCCUUACCUCCCCAAGUUCACUAUUAAGGAUGAAAGAAAACAAUCAGUGAUGCAGAUAGUGGGACCUUUCUGCGACUGUAACUGCUGUUCUGAUGUGAAUUUUGAGGUGAUGUCCCUGGAUGGAGCCUCUGUAAUUGGCAGGAUAAGCAAACAGUGGACAGGCAUGGAGGCAGAAAUGCUCACAGAUGCAGACAAUUUCGGUGUGCAGUUUCCCAUGGAUCUGGAUGUCAAAAUCAAGGCAGUUAUUUUAAGCGCCUGUUUCCUCAUUGAUUUCAUGUAUUUUGAAAAUUCACCAAAGCAAGAUUCCCAUCAUUAUUAAACGCUGUUCUGCAAUAUAUAUUUUAAAAA